UGCAAUAGAUUCUGUGUAUCUGCUCUGAGGUUUGUUACUGAAAAGUAAAGAGAGAGAGAGAGUUAGAGUUAGAGAGAGAGAGAGAGAGAGAGAUAAACCGCCAUGUUCGUGCCGUCGGGAGAGCGACCUCCGUGUUUUAAAGGCUUUACAUUAAUCACGCCGGCUGUGUCGGUGGGGAACGUGGGACAGCUGGCUGCAGAUCUGAUCAUCUCCACACUGGACAUGGCGAGAGUUGGACACUUCCAUUCGGACUGUUUGAUCCCCAUGGCGGGGAACAACCCAUACAGCCGGGGAGAGGAGGAAGCGGCUUUGCUCAGCACUAACGCUGAAGUUUACUGCCGCAGUGAUGUCCGGCUGGCUGUGCUGCAGAUUCGAACACCCAUCAUACAGACCAAGAUGAAAUAUUUCCGUAAAACGCUGGUGUCCUGGAUUAAGUCCAGUGGAUUCGCCAGGACGGUGCUGCUGUCCAGCUGCCACGGCCACCAGCGAGAUGACCAGCAGCUCCUCGGCUCCCCUCUGAGAUACCUGCUUACUCCGGCUCUGCAGGGGGACACGGAGGGGACACUGCAGAGCCUGGGAUGGAGAGAGAUGGAGAGAGUGAGUGCUUUCCCGGGAGUUACAGACUCAGACAGACGGCGUCUUUACGUCCCUGGAGGAGGCGUGACCAAAGCGCUCUAUAACGACUGCUGCAGUGAGGACAUGUCCAUGGCCGCGCUGCUGCUGUUCUGCUCUGAGGGAGACAACGUUCCUGAUGCGUUUACACUUGUCAAUCACCUAAAUGACUGGCUCCACCUGCUGGACAAACCGGCUCAGGGAUCUGUCCCCUGGAAAAUCCCAUCCUCCUGGAGGCUGCUGUUUGGAAGCGGUGUUCCUCCCAUGAUCUUCUGAAGUCCAGUGAGGCACAGGACGCUAAAACAUCAGGAAAAUAUGGUCUGUGUGUGUUGCUCAUCACUCACACACUGUAAUAUUGACAAUUUUUCAAACACCACCGUCUCUUCAUUUCAUUCAGGAAGCUGGCUCAUCACACAUGUCCCAUAAACCAGCUCACAGGAAGUGGUGUGGAUUUCAUUCUGCACUCUUGGCACACACACAAAUGCACACAUACACACCUUGUCUUGACAUUGGUGAAACAAUUAAAUACAACCAUAUCUGUAAAAUUUUGCCAAAUUUACAUUUUCUUUCAAAUGUUUAUUCCUGUGAAAUGUCUGAUUCUCAUUAAACGCUGAACCUUUUUAGAAA